CACAUACCAGUGAGACUCGAAGCGGGAAGGAGGAGUAUCGAGCACUCCACGCGUGCCGUGUUGUGAUGUGCUAGGUUACUGGAAGCUAUAGGAAGUCCAGGUUUCCGUCGCCAUCCUGUCCACGCCAGCCGUGAUACCGAGAGCCACCAUGUCUCUGACAAACGUGUCGCCAGCAAUGAGCAACGGGGAGAGCGCGCAGCCCGCAGCCACCGCUCCCGGCAACAAAGUGACCGUGGUGCUCGGCGCCCAGUGGGGGGAUGAGGGGAAGGGGAAGGUGGUGGAUAUGUUGGCUCAGGAUGCAGACAUCGUGUGCCGCUGCCAGGGAGGUAACAAUGCUGGUCAUACGGUUGUUGUUGAUUCUAUUGAAUAUGAUUUUCACCUUUUACCAAGUGGGAUCAUAAAUCCAAACGUGACUGCGUUCAUAGGAAACGGUGUUGUGAUUCAUCUACCCGGCUUAUUUGAAGAAGCUGAGAAGAACUGUAAAAAGGGGCAAAGUUUAUCUGGCUGGGAGAAAAGAUUAGCCAUUUCUGACAGGGCACACAUUGUGUUUGACUUCCACCAAGCUGCUGAUGGGAUUCAAGAGCAGCAGAGGCAAGAACAAGCAGGGAAAAAUUUGGGUACUACAAAAAAGGGUAUCGGUCCAGUGUACUCUUCAAAAGCUGCUCGAAGUGGUCUACGAAUGUGUGACCUUGUGUCCGACUUUAAUGAAUUCUCUCAAAGGUUUACAGUGUUGGCUAACCAGUAUAAAGCCAUGUACCCUUCAUUGGAAAUUGAUAUUGAGGGUGAAUUAAACCGGCUUAAGGACUAUGCUGAUAAAGUUAAACCUAUGGUGAAGGAUGGGGUUUAUUUUAUUUACGAGGCGCUCCAUGGUCCACCAAAGAAAAUCUUAGUUGAAGGAGCAAACGCAGCACUGUUGGAUAUAGAUUUUGGAACAUAUCCUUUUGUAACUUCUUCCAAUUGUACUGUUGGAGGAGUCUGUACAGGUCUUGGUAUUCCACCCCUGAGCAUUGGGGAAGUGUAUGGUGUUGUCAAAGCAUACACAACAAGAGUUGGAAUUGGCGCCUUUCCUACUGAACAAAAUAAUGACAUUGGAGAUCUUUUGCAAUCACGUGGCCAUGAAUUUGGUGUUACCACAGGAAGGAGAAGGAGGUGUGGAUGGCUGGAUCUAGCUCUGCUUCGAUAUGCUCAUAUGAUAAAUGGGUUUACUGCGUUGGCUCUUACCAAACUUGAUAUUUUGGAUGUAUUUCCUGAAAUCAAAGUCGGUGUUUCCUACAAAGUAGAUGGAAAGACCAUACCCUAUUUUCCAGCAAAUCAAGAAGUUUUGAACAGAGUGGAGGUUGAAUACAAAACACUUCCUGGGUGGAAUACAGAUACAUCUAAUGCAAGAACAUUUGAAGAAUUGCCUGAAAAUGCAAAGAAGUAUGUUCAGUUUAUAGAAGAAGUGCUUGGUGUUUCUAUAAAAUGGAUUGGGGUUGGAAAAUCCAGAGAGUCGAUGAUCCAGCGGUUUUAAGUAAAUGCUGAUGUAAACACCAAAGUGAUUCCACUCCCUCAGGAAGUGGACAUUGUGUAUUACUGUUCCUUGGUUGAUUUAAUUUUUUUUUGCCCAGUAACGAUGGCAUCCUCUGGAGAAAACAGAUGACUAAAAAAAGCAAUUUUUUUUCUUUCUUCUUCACCCAUACACGAACAUCUUCUGCAGACUGUACUGAAAAUUUUUGAUUAAAUGUAGUGUCUAACUUUAAGCAUGUGUAUUUCAAGUAUGCAUAUAGGUAUGUGUAUGUGUAUGUGUAUAUAUCUCCUAGUAUAUACACAUGCAAACAUGUAUUUUUUUUUCUUAAACCAAUCUAAAUGUCACUCCUAAAACUUUCUUAUGUAAAUGACAAAUGGUGUUCAAAUGUUUUUAGUGCCUCACAAAACUCCACUUGCACUUUUUCUGUUUUCUCUUGUAACCAAAAUGGUUUAUCAAUGGUUUUUGUUUUUUUAAUAUUGCAAUACACAUCUGUUAUUUAAACUCCUGCUAUGAGCUUUAUGUGGGAAGACUAGAGAAUAUAAACAUUUGAAAUGUAUAUACAUAAAAAUAGGCAAAUUAUCCCCCCAACCCCCCAAUAUCUGUGUGCUUUAUUUACUAAAUACAGAAAUUGUAGUGAAUUAAAGUAGAGCAAAGCUGGAGAUUUACACCCAAAUUGAAUAGAAACCGUUUAAUUUAAAAUAACCAGUUUUAAGUUCACCACAAUUAGUUUACUGAAUAAACUAAUGUCUUUUUUACCCGGUAUUAACUUUACUGCACACCAUGUAAAUACCAAAUUUGCAAAUACAUACAUAAAGUCUCAAUUGGGGCUGAGAUCAUUACUUUGAUCUGACAGCAAAUAUAUACACAGGAGAAAUAAAGGAAAGUCAUUAUAUACAUCAUGAUUUGGUAGACCAGUAGAGCCACUUAAGUUUGUAGUUUCUAUAAUGUGAUUUAGUCUUUCAUUGACUUCUCAGAAUUCUUCCUAUUUUAGCUGAUGUUUUCUUAGAAGUUCAUUGAUUGUUGAUUCAUCUGUGCAUACUGGACUAACAAAAAACUUGAAUGUUAUUUUGCAUUAUUUGUAACUUUUACGGACUCUUUUUCUUUUCUGCUCAAAAGUAGGACUUUUUUAUUUUUUUAACAAGGGAAAUUGUAUUUUAAAGCAGCUCUGUCACUUUUUAUUUUCUCCCUGCACUGCAUCUUUAUAAGCCUCACAGUAUGGUCCAUAUGUACCUUCUUUUUUUUUUGUUCUUGAAUUUUACAGUCCUGUAUUCACGGCACCACUAUUUUAGAACUUCCUGUGGCGAGCAUUGAAACUCCUCUUCUGUCUUUCCUUGAAGUCACUGGUGAUGCAAUGGUCAUGUGGGGUCUGAAAUACUGCCCCAUACCAUGUACGGUAAUGUUUGGCGCUCAGAGAGGCGUUUGACAUCACCAGACAAAUUAGUCACCAGGAUAUCAUGAGAUGACGUAGGGAGGAGGGAGUUGACAAUUGACAACCAAUGACAAACUUGACAAAGGAAAUUGAGCUGGACUGAACUUUUUGUCAACUUGCUGAUUUAUACUGAAGCAAAAGUAGUCCCUACUUUUCCCUCUAUAUAACUUUAUUUUUGUUUUUUUAACAAAAUAUUUUUUCAACAUACAAAAAAAGAGCUGCAAUUGUGAAAAAAAUAACUAUUAGGCAAAAGUGAAAAGUGACAGAACUGCUUUAAAAGAAUUUCUCCGUUCAAUUAUAUCAUAAUGGCAAGUGUUCUUAUAUCGGGAUAACACGAAAGCUUUCACACCACAAGGAUUGACUGCUUGUAUAAGCAACAUUUCUGUAUUUUUUUUUUUUGUAUUUGUUUUUGUAACUAUUCCAGCAUAAAACCAUUGUCCUCUAGAAUAGAUUUUGUAUUUAUGUUUAAACUCUACAAAACUAACCUUUACCAGUGGUAUGACAGAAUUGGUCAAGGGUCUAAAUUUUGCAAAGUGUACCUUCACCUGUACAAUAUAAAUGUAUCCAUACAUGCAAAAUGUAUUUUAAUGAAUUCAUUCAAAGACUGGUCUGGAAAUGUAAUUUUGAUAUUUUUAAUCUAUAAAUUAUACUUCCGAAGUUCUGCUUAGUUAUAAACAGUACAUUAACUAAUGUUGUACUGUGUUUAGGUUUGCCAUCGUUUUCAUUAAAUUCUAUUUUUAUGACUUGAAUUGUGAGAAUAAACUUAAUUGUGGCUAUCA